UUAAAAAAUGUAGGAUCAGGUCGUCCUCACCAUUCCGCAUAAUGGAGCCUUUCUGUAUCAUUUGUCAUCCAAAUAGUGAUAGUGGCUACUGAAGCGAUUCUUUAAAAAUAGACGUAGCGACAAUCCUUAAAAAAAUCUUCGAUCUUUAAAAGACAUCGCGAUAAUCAGAAAUCCACAGGCGAAAAGCGAGUGAAACAAUACAAUGGAAAGGGCUUUGUCAGUUCACUUACUUCAUGAGCUUAUCAACCUAAUGAAGACAUACAUCCUACGGCUUGAAGUCUUCGAAAGAACUUUUCAUUAUUCCGGUGAAAAAAUGGCGCUCUCCAUUAUGAAAAACCUAACGGCUAUUCGUCUGGCGAAUGAACAAGGGUUAGCAAAAUUGCAGACUGGACUAGCAAAGGAAGACAGAACACAAUGUGAAGAAUUCACUUUUCUCUUAUCCGUGUGGAAAACAGAAAGGAUGAAGAUUCUUUACUCGGUAGCACUACAACAUAUGCAGGAAGGUUCUACUUUAUGUCUGGGCUGGAAGAAUAGACCAGACGUAUUACAAACCAUGGCCCAACACAACGUAAACAUCAUGGCACGUAUUCUGCAUACAUUCCAAUAUAAGGGCAAAGAAAAUAAGGCCCACAUCUCUAUAUUUACGUAUCCCGGGCUAAUCAAAGAUCACCUUUUCAACUUAAAAAGUAUUCUGAACGAGUGUCUCAAGGAGUCCGUGAGACGGAAACGGAAAUCAACCAAAAUUAUUGAAACGGUUAUACGGCGUUUGGAUUCGCUAAUCGUGUGGCUUGAAAACAGCCUAACCUUGCUACCUACCAUGAAGAACAUGAAUGCCUCAAUUGUUCCUGAGCGUGAACAUCGUGCGGCAGCGCCUGAGCCUCUGUUACGAAAAGGUGUUUUUAGUUUGCUCGUGCACAACAACUUAGACGCGGAAGAAGCCCAUAUUUUCCUGGGUUCUAAACAUAUAUUGUUCCGACUAACCUAUAAUAGCUUUUUCAAAAAUGAUAAAUGGGAGUUUGGCAGAAUCGAGAAGCUAGACGUCGAAGAAGGAGAUGAUGACUAUACCUUUAAUUUGUCUGGUGUCGGUUUAAGAAAGAUCCUAAUAGCUAAGACCGUUGAAAUACGCGACGAUUGGAUGGAAGCAAUCAUGGAUUUGCAAGAUCUACAGUCAUCAACCAAGGCCGAACAAGAAUAGAACUUGUGUUAUUUCAGUCAAUUAAAAUGGUAGUAGAAAAUAUAUAAGCGUCAUUUUUUAUCCCUUCGAAAUAAGGCUAUUUUACUAUAUUAUUGACUAUAAUGUGUUGUGUCCAUCAGUCAUCCAGAAAAAUACUGCGCAUUUAAUGCGGGAACUGCACGGUGGAAACCGAUAUGGAAUAUGAAAUAUUUACCAUUAUAUGCUAAAUUAUGAAGUAAGAUUCAUGCGAAUUGGAUUUAGAAGCAUUGCUCAUAGAUAGUUACAGCACAGUAUAGAAGCAUACAGUUCCAAGAGAUUCUAAGCCUUGGUGUUAUAGCUUUGUUAAGUUAAAUUGGAGAUGGUGACUAAAGUUGAGAUGACGAUAUAAGCAAUGAAAAUUCUUCUAAUGAGUAAAUAUACGGACGAAAAGCAGCCAAUUGUAAAAAAAAACAGCAACCUAUAGUAAAAUCUUAGUUUUUUGGGUCACAUGGACCCAGUUUCGUCAUUGGCUUUUUUUUUUUAUUUCUAGGACUCUCUAGUGUUCAUUUUUUUUUGUCUCAAUUAGACGAGUUCAGUCGGGUUACUAUUUAUAUUUAGAGCCUCACUGAGUUCGGGUUCAUAGUGGCGCAUCGCCUUUAGAUUCUGUUAAAUCCUUCUGAGGAGUUAGCGUGCAGUUCGUAUUUUUUUAUAUGCCAAUAUUUUUACGAAUUUCAUUAAUGAAGCUAACUAAACGAUUUUCGCUCCAAAGCUUUCCUAGUACAUGAAGGUGAUUUAGAGUGCAAUAGAGUAUUAAUGAAAAUUAGCUAGAAAAAUAAGCGAUAUCCAGAUAGCGUGUUUAUAUAAUAAAAUGUUCGGCCUUAUUGGCAGUCAGAUAUUGAUGGGGAGGACCAAAUUUUUCAUAUAAUAGUACACCUGACUUUGAACGCAUGUGUAUCAGAACGCACUCUAAUAUCACUUGAGUCGAGUACUAAUUCCAUCAGUUACUCCUAGGGAGCGAACGUUGGAACGAAUAGAAGAUAACAGAAAAAUGUAGUACUACGAAAAGACUUAAGUGUGCGACCCAAUUAAUGGCCAUAUAUUCGAGAUAUGACAUGCCCGUAAAAACAAUGCUUUGCUCGAGGUCGGCGUAAACCUUUAGCUAAGCUCACUGGAGAGAAACUAGGUCAAUUAGCGUAUAACUGAUUUUGCACCCGCUUUUUACUAAUAAUAACCCUUGAAUAUAUUAUAAAACUCAAGGAAUUAUUUGUGUAUAGUUUGUCCUUAGUUGCUAGAAGGUGUAUUUACAUUAAGCGUACUUAUGCCAAUGAUUUUUUAUAGACCUUCGAUGAAUAUGGAGAACACUAUCCGAGACAGAAGGCUCGUCUGGGUAUUUAAGCUUUGGACACAAAACGAUUGUACUAUAAAAGUGAU